CUGUUCAUUUUAUUUCAAAAUCGGAGCUUGUCGUCAUGGAGACAGAUGUUCUCGGUUGCACAACAAACCAACAUUUAGCCAGGAAGCGAUGCUGUUGUAAGCUUGCCUGUAGUAGAGACCAACCAGUGCUAACUUUCAGACAACUUGAUUUUAAGAAGAACGGUACAAAUACCAUCUUGAUUCAAAACAUCUAUCGUAACCCCCAAAACAGUGCACAGACGGCUGACGGCUCACACUGUGCUGUGAGCGAUGUUGAGAUGCAGGAACAUUAUGAUGAAUUCUUUGAGGAGGUCUUCACAGAAAUGGAAGAAAAAUAUGGUGAAGUUGAGGAGAUGAACGUUUGUGAUAACCUUGGAGAUCAUCUAGUUGGAAAUGUAUAUGUAAAGUUUCGCCGUGAAGAAGAUGCGGAAAAGGCUGUGAUUGACCUGAACAAUCGCUGGUUUAAUGGACAGCCCAUUCAUGCUGAGCUUUCACCUGUGACUGACUUCAGAGAGGCUUGUUGCCGUCAAUAUGAAAUGGGAGAGUGUACACGAGGAGGUUUCUGCAACUUCAUGCAUUUGAAGCCCAUUUCUCGAGAGUUAAGACGCGAGUUGUAUGGACGUCGUCGUAAAAAGCAUAGAUCCAGGUCGAGGUCCCGUGAACGUCGGUCUAGAUCCAGAGAUCGUGGUCGUGGAGGUGGUGGUGGAGGAGGAGGAGGACGUGAACGUGAUAGGAGGCGGUCAAGAGAUCGUGAAAGAUCUGGUCGAUUCUGAGCCAUGCCAUUUUUACUGUAUGUCUGCUAGAAAGUGUUGUAGUUUGACCAAACAAGUUCAUAAUGAGAUUUUUUUUAAAGAUGGGCUUCUGAAUAAAAAAUUUGUAGUGAUACAGUA